UCCCCCCAUAAUCAUGCUUAUAUAACACGCAAAUAACUGAACAAAAAUUCAGUCGCCAUUAACAAGCUCUGAAAUUUCUUCAAAAUCCUGUGCUAUUCUACUUGUUGAUUUUCGUUUUCUUUAUAUAAUGGUGUUAGCACAAUUAGGAGGGAGCAUCUCGCGUGCUCUCCAGCAGAUGAGCAAUGCAACAAUCAUUGAUGAGAAAGUUCUCAACGAUUGCCUCAAUGAGAUCACCCGUGCUCUUCUCCAGGCCGACGUUCAAUUCAAACUUGUUCGGGAUAUGUCAACCAAUAUAAAAAAGAUUGUUAAUCUUGAGGAUCUUGCCGCUGGACACAACAAGCGUAGGAUAAUUCAACAGGCUGUGUAUAAUGAGCUCUGCAACAUAUUGGACCCCGGGAAGCGUGCAUUUACACUGAAAAAAGGGAAACCUAGUGUUGUAAUGUUUGUUGGUUUGCAAGGGUCUGGAAAAACCACAACGUGUACAAAAUAUGCUUAUCACCACCAGAAAAGAGGUUGGAAGCCGGCUCUGGUCUGUGCAGAUACCUUCAGAGCUGGUGCUUUCGAUCAAUUGAAGCAGAAUGCAACAAAAGCUAAAAUUCCUUUUUAUGGAAGCUAUACAGAAUCAGACCCAGUGAAAAUAGCUGUGGACGGUGUAGAAACAUUUAAGAAGGAAGAUUGUGAUCUAAUAAUUGUAGAUACCAGUGGGCGCCACAGACAAGAAGCAGCUCUUUUUGAAGAAAUGCGACAAGUUUCUGAAGCAACGAAACCGGAUCUAGUGAUAUUUGUUAUGGAUAGUAGUAUUGGACAAGCUGCUUUUGAUCAAGCUCAAGCAUUUCGACAAAGUGUGGCAGUUGGAGCGGUGAUUGUUACUAAGAUGGAUGGCCAUGCAAAAGGAGGUGGCGCCCUUAGUGCAGUUGCUGCAACUAAAAGUCCAGUCAUAUUUAUUGGAACCGGUGAACACAUGGACGAGUUUGAAGUUUUUGAUGUUAAACCAUUUGUCAGCCGCCUUUUAGGCAUGGGUGACUUGUCUGGAUUGGUGAACAAGAUACAGGAUGUGGUCUCAAUAGAUCAGCAGCCUGAACUUCUUCAGAAGUUAUCAGAAGGGCAGCUUACCUUGAGGAUCAGGUACGAGCAAUAUCAGAACAUGCUUAAAAUUGGUCCCCUUGGACAGGUUUUCUCAAUGCUUCCAGGAUUUAGUUCAGAGAUGAUGCCAAAAGGUUGUGAAAAGGAAAGUCAGGCAAAAUUUAAACGGUAUAUGACAAUAAUGGACUCCAUGACUGAUGAAGAAUUGGACAGUACCAAACCAAAGAUUAUGACUGAAUCUCGAAUCAUGCGUAUAGCUAGGGGAUCUGGCCACCUAGUGCAUGAGGUGAUGGAAAUGUUGGAAGAAUACAAACGACUUGCCAAGGGCUUCAGCAAGACGAUCAAGAGUUUUAAGAUUCCAAAAAAUGCACAAAACAUGAGCAAAGUCCUUUCCAAAAUGAGUGAAGUUUUUCAAAGUCCAAAUAAAUAUUAAUUAUUUUUUUCCAAAAAUUACCCCUCUCUUUUAUUGGGGGUGGUGGGGGGGGGGGGGGAGUAGAGUUCAACUACCCCUAGUUUUAACAAAAAAUUUUGGAAGAAACAAAAAGGUGAUGUUAACAAAUUACCUUUAAUUAAUGUCAUUAACUAGGUUUUGUCAAGGGUGUCAUUAAAGAUGUCAUAAUAGAAAGAAAUAAAUUAAAAGAGUGAAAUAAAAGGAAAGAAAUGUUCUUUUAAACAAACUAAAAAAGAAAUAGGACAUAAGAAAUUGAAACAAAUAUAUGAUUUAAUUUUUGGAUAAGACACCCUUGACAAAACAUUUUUAUAGUGUCACUA